AUGCGUGUUUACCUCCUCCCACUCACCACGAGCCGAACUCUGCUCUAUUCCCAGCGACUCAAUGUAGUGACAACAAACAAGCAAGGCUUGGCAGACAAGGUAUCCAAAAAGGCGUCCAAGCUCUGGGCCGGCUGGGAGGCCAAAGAAAGCGGGUGGCAGAAGAAGGUUGUCAACUAUGGAAACUAUGCCCUUCGCCGAAUUCCAUAUGAAGAGUGGGGUCUGAAGUCCGUCCCGCCAGUUUCUGCACGCCGCAAAGACGAUGAGCUCAAGGGCAAGCAAAAGGUUGAGCUGGUAUACCCUGACGCAAUCAUUCCGACGACCAAGGCCGAACAGGUAGUGAGGACGUUGGCGACGGAGCGAGAUGCCUUGCAUAGAAAGAAGAUGCUGUGGUGUCUCAUUGGAAUGCCUAUCUCGGCGCCGUUUGCCCUGGUACCGGUGAUACCUAAUCUGCCUUUCUUCUACUUGGCGUAUCGUGCUUGGUCACACUGGCGCGCUCUCGAAGGAGGCAAGCACCUCCGAUUCCUGUUGGACAACAAACUCCUGGCUCUGAACCCGUCCAAGCUUCUGAACGAUAUCUACGACCCAUUAAUCCCAGCCAACACAUCCCCAACGCCAUCGAAGCCAGCCACGGGCGACGUCAACCCCCUGAAGGGCAAGGACGAAGCCGUCAAGGACGAAGAAAUCCUCCUCUCGCAGGCCAAUGGCCAGCGCAUAGCCAAGGCCCUCGAACUGCCCGAGCUGGGUGUCGAGAUCGAGAGGGCCAUCUGGCAGGUCAACCAUGCCAAGAAGGUCAAACAAGAGGAAGCCGCAAAGCAUGCCGACGCCGACGCUCCAAGGGAUAAAGAAAAGUCCACGAGCCCGGGUGAGGACGAGAAGAAGUAG